UACAUCUGAUUUCCGGUUGUGAAGUGAAUCACCGACGCAAGAUUUGACAGGGAAACACCUUCUUCUAGUUUAUUUUCAUAUUUAUAUGAAACCAUGGAUUAAAUCGUUUUAAUUUUGUUUUAAAAUAUUUGCAUCCAAUUAUAGACAUGUCAGAAGACAAGAUUGACGCUUUGUCUAUCACUGACGAUGAAGGCGAUGAUUCCGAGGACGAACUUAGGAAUAUCGAGAAGAAAGGGGUGCUUAGCAAAUGGACAAACUAUUUACAUGGUUGGCAAGAUAGAUACAUUGUCUUAAAAGAUGGAACGCUUAGUUACUAUAAGUCAGAAAACGAUCUUGCUUUUGGAUGCAGAGGAGCAGUUAGUCUUACACGUGCAUCUGUUACGCCACAUCAGUUUGAUGAGUGCCGUUUUGAUGUUGCUGUAAAUGACUCAGUAUGGUAUCUUAGAGCUGAAAGUGAGGAUGAGCGACAAGUGUGGAUUGAUGUUAUAGAUAACCACAGACAGACAGAGUCAGGAUAUGGUAGUGAAAGUAACCUUCGUAGACACGGAUCUCUUAUCUCGCUUACAUCAGGAACUAGUAUGUCAACAGCAUCAACAUCAUCAUUUAAGAGAGGUCGAGGUCUAAGAGAGAAAUUGAUGGAGAUGGAGACAUUCCGAGAUAUCCUCUGUAGGCAGAUAGAAACUCUCCAGAGUUAUUUUGACAGUUGUGCUUCCGCAGUUACCCAUGGAACAAUCAGUGAUUUAACAGAGGAUGACAUUGGAGAUCCUGAUGACCUUGACCAUGGAGAUGAUCAUCAACAUUCAGGGGUCAACUACCCAGGUCAUUCUGCCAAAGAUUUAGCCUCAAUAUUACAGCAGCAUGGAGCACAUUCUGUGGAUUUUAAAGGUGAAUCAUUCACAUUCAAGGCAACAACUGCUGGUAUUAUAGCUACAUUGUCUCAUUGUAUAGAGCUCAUGUCACAGAGGGAAGAUGCCUGGAGAAAGAAACUAGAGAAAGAGGUAGAAAGAAGAAAGAAGUAUGAAGAUGCCUACAAGAACUUGUUAGAACAGCAUAACAAGCAACAACAAAAUGCCUCAAGAUUAGCUGGACCGGACUUUGAGGAAGGUCCGCAUUCAGUAAUAAAGGAAGAUGAGUUCUUUGAUGCCAUUGAUGCAUCGCUAGAUAAACUAGAGAAAGAAGAAGAAGACAAACGAUUAGUACAGACAAAGGCAAGACCACCCCCUAAGAUUCAUCUUUCUCCAGAAAACUUUUAUUAUGCAGAGAUCAAUAGGAUAGUAAACACACAUAUACACCAAUUGUAUGAGAAAACAAUAGAAGGAAAAGAUGUAUGGGAAUGUAUCGCAGAAGAGGGAGAGUUGAAGGUUUAUAAACGGGAAAUGGAGGUUAAUGGAGUAGUCCUCGAUCCAUUGAAGGCUGUACAUACGGUCACGGAUAGUAUAGAGGAAGUAUUAUCUAGGUCAGAUACGGUUGCAUUACGAUCAACCAGUACAUACAAGGGUAUUACGGGUCAUGAAGUUUGCCAUCAUUUCUGGGAUAUAAAAUACAGAAUGGACUGGGAAGCUACGUUGGAUAGCAGUAAUGUAGUUGAAUGGCUGUCUGACGAUACGUUUAUUUGUCAUAACAUCAUAAAACGUGUGUGGCCAGCGUCACAGCGCGAUGCCCUCUUCUGGACCCACAUACGACACGUGCAGGGUGAGACGGAUGAGGAACCCGAUUUAUGGAUUGUUGUUAAUUAUUCCACUAAUCUUGAAAGUAUACCAUCCAAUAAGUAUGUACGUGUAACGAUGAAUGUGGCAAUGGUUUGUCAGACUAUAAUAGAACCACCAGUGGAAGGUGAAAUAACCAGGGACAAUAUCAAAUGUAAAAUUUCCUAUACUGCUGAAGUAAAUCCAGGAGGUUGGGCCCCAGCUUCUGUUCUGCGCGCUGUUUAUAAGAGAGAGUAUCCAAAAUUCCUUAAAAGAUUUACCUCUUAUGUUAGAGAGGCUACUAAAGACAAAGAAAUCUUGUUUUGAAGUGUUUAAGUUAAUGUUUUUUGUUAAUCUGUUAUGACAAGUGCAAGUUGCCAAUGAAGAGUUUCCUAAGGAUCACACAAAAAAGCACAGGAAGUUAAAAAAAAUGAAAGUGAGAACAGGAAGUUGAAAGAAAAUGAAAAAGAGGCUGAAUACUGUCUGUUUCUGCAACAGAAUCAAUGAUUUCUAAUCUUUGCUAUAUACAUGGAAAAGGAGAACUUCAAGCUAUUGACUUUCCAGUAACAGCUAGACAUGCAAAAGAAUGGAGAUUUCUUUCAUGUUGCUUUUCUUCUAAGCUUUCUACAAUGCAGCUUUAUUACAUGUGGGAAAUUAUUUAAAAAGAGUGGUCACACACUGUCUUAGACCUAACCAUUCAUAUAUCAGUUCUUUGAGAUUUUAAACAUAAAUGCCAUAUAUGCUAACCAUAAUUGACCAGUGAUAUAUCAUCUUGAAAAGCGUUACCAGUAGUUAAUCUAACAUGCAAAGUUUUGAAUAAAAAAGUAACUUCUAGAGUGUGAAGGUCACAUUUAGAAGUAACUCACACAGAUGUCAAUAUGUUGUUUUUCUUCUUCUCAACUGCUGUAGUAUAUUAUUUCAAUAUCACAUUCUGUAUAAAUGUUACUGCAUGUCAGACAUGCUCCUUAUUAUUGUUAAUUGGACCACUAUAUCUAUUUACAAGUCUGAAAUUGGUUUCAAAACUGCUGAGCAGGUAAUGUGUCAAACUCCUCACAGUGAUUACAUCCCUUGACAGAUUGUACUGAUAAAGGGAGAUCACUGUGUAGGAGAUUGGUAAUGUGCUAGAUUAUUGAUAAUUAAAUGUAAGUUAAGUUUAAAAAAACAAGUUAAACACUUGUCUUUCUAGCUCAACUGUCACAAAGUGACAGGGUGAGCUUUUGUGAUUGCUUUUCGUCCGGCGUCCGUCCGUCCGUAAACUUUUUCUUUAAAUGACAUCUCCUCAUAAACCACUAAGCCAAUUUCAUCCAAACUUCACAGGAAUGUUCCUUUGGUGGUCACCUUUAAAAAUUGUUCAAAGAAUUUAAUUCCAUGCAGAACUCUGGUUGCCAUGGCAACCGAAAGAAAAAACUUUAAAUAUCUUCUUUUAAAAAACCAUAAGAGCUAGAGCUUAGAUAUUUGGCAUGAAACAUCUUCUAGUGAGUGUCUACCAAGUUUGUUCAAAUAAAAGCCCUGGGGUCAAAAUUGGCCCUGCCCCGGGGGGUCAUUGAUUUUCCCUAUAUGCAUAUAGUAAAAACUUAAAAAAUCUUCUUUUAAAGAACCCAAAGAGCUAGAGCUAAGAUAUUUAGCAUGAAACAUGUUCUAAUGGGUGUCUACCAAGUUUGUUCAAAUAAAAGUCCUGGGGUCAAAAUUGGCCCCGCGCCGGGGGGGUCAUUGAUUUUCCAAAUAUGCAUAUAGUAAAAACUUAAAAAAUCUUCUUUUAAAGAACUCAAAGAGCUAUGGCUAAGAUAUUGAGCAUCAAACAUGUUCUAAUAGGUGUCUACCAAGUUUGUUCAAAUAAAAGCCCUGGGGUCAAAAUUGGCACCGCCCCAGGGGGUCAUUGAUUUUCCCUAUAUGCAUAUAGUAAAAA